AUGCUGCGGUAUGCCGUCAUCUUGUUGAUCCUUGUCGGGGUUGCCCCGAUCGUGCCGAUCCUCGUUGAGGCGCGUAUCGGCACCGAUGACCGCGCAAACACGGCGCAGGAUGAGGUGCACGCUGGUUCGGGACCAAGGACACACCGGAUAUCGGUUGACCGCCGAGGACACUAUGUUGCCGAUGCCUAUCUGAAUGGCAGGGCGAUCGAUAUGCUUGUCGACACGGGCGCAACCGUCACAGCCUUGCCGGUUUCGGUUGCCGAAGACAUUGGAAUCUUCCUGAGUCCCUCCGAGUACAAGCACCCGAUCGGAACAGCAAAUGGACGGGUUUACGGUGCCAGAACGGUGAUCGACAAGGUACGCAUCGGCGCGAUCCGUUUCCGCAAUGUCGAAGCGAUCGUUCUGAGCGAUGACAGUCUGGGUGUGCCGCUUCUGGGCAUGUCCGCGCUCAGCCAGCUCAGGCGGUUUGACAUUUCCAGCGGCACGUUAGUACUUGUUCAGUAA